CUCUUCUUCCUUCCCUGUGCAUGAUUGGGUCCCCUGACUCCUACUUCUGGUCCGAGGUGGAGGGGAAUGGAGGUCCAGCUGUCCUCACUUCCUCCACAUUCCUGGAAGUCACAAAGACCAACACCUAGUGUUCCUAACCUUGGUCCUCAUCUCCCACAGGGACUCCAGCCCACACUGGUGUUGGCUACCGUGAGUGCAGCCUUUGGCUCUGCCUUCCAGUACGGCUACAACAUUGCUGUGGUCAACACGCCACACAAAGUAGGUAUAAGGCAAGUGGUGAGAAGAUGGGGCCAUGUUUUUCAGGUCUUGAAGUCAUUUUACAAUGAAACCUACUUUGAGCGACAUGGAACUUUCAUGGAUGACACAGUUCUGCUGCUCCUGUGGUCCUGCACUGUGUCCAUGUUUCCUUUGGGAGGCUUCUUGGGGUCACUGAUUGUUGGCCUGCUGGUUGAUAAGUGCGGCAGAAAGGGAACCCUGCUGAUCAACGACAUCUUCGCCAUCGUCCCUGCCAUCCUGAUGGGAGUCAGCAAAGUGGCCAGGGCUUUUGAGUUGAUCAUCUUCUCCCGAGUGCUGGUGGGAGUCUGUGCAGGCAUCUCGUACAGUGCUCUUCCCAUGUACCUGGGAGAACUGGCCCCCAAGAACCUGAGGGGCAUGAUAGGAACCAUGACAGAAGUGUUCGUCAUCAUUGGACUGUUCCUGGCACAGAUCUUCAGCCUCCAGGCCAUCUUGGGCAAUGUCACAGGAAAAGCAAGACAUUUCCGGCCGGUGCUCCUGGCUCUCACCGGUGUCCCCGCGCUGAUUCAACUCCUUUCCCUGCCCUUCUUCCCCGAGAGCCCCCGCUAUACCUUGAUUCAGAAAGGAGAUGAGGAGACCACGCGGCGAGCUCUGAGGAGGCUGAGAGGCCGCGCGGACGUGGAGGCCGAGAUGGAGGACAUGCGCACGGAGGAGCGGGCGGAGCGCGCCGCCGGCCACCUGUCGGUGCUCAACCUGUUCACCUUCCGGUCCCUGCGCUGGCAGCUCAUCUCCGUCAUCGUGCUCAUGGCCGGCCAGCAGCUGUCCGGGAUCAACGCGGUCAAUUACUAUGCAGACUCCAUCUACACGUCGGCAGGGGUGGAGGCCGCUCACUCCCAGUACAUAACGGUGGCAGUUGGCGUGGUCAACAUAGUGAUGACCGUCAUCUCGGCAGCCACUGUGGAGAGGUUGGGGCGACGGCUCCUCCUGCUGGCCGGCUACGGUAUCUGCGGCUCGGCCUGCCUGGUGCUGACCCUGGCGCUCCUCUUCCAGAGCACAGUCCCUGAGCUGUCUUACCUAGGCGUCAUCUGUGUCUUUGCCUACAUCGCGGGACAUUCCAUCGGCCCCAGCCCUGUCCCCUCGGUGGUGAGGACAGAGAUCUUUCUACAGUCCUCCCGGCGGGCCGCAUUCAUGGUGGACGGGGCAGUACACUGGCUCACCAACUUCAUCGUGGGCUUGGUGUUCCCGUCUAUCCAGGUGGCCAUUGGUGCCUACAGUUUCCUCAUCUUUUCUGGACUCUGCCUCCUCACUGCUGUGUACAUCUACGUGGUUUUCCCUGAGACCAAGGGCAAAACAUUCGUGGAAAUAAAUCGCAUCUUUGCCAAGAGAAACAAAGUGGAGAUUCCAGAGGAGAAAGAAGGAAUAAGCAGUGCCGGGCCCUCUGUGCCUGCCAAGGAAACUUCUUUUUAA